CCACCUCUACUUUCCAUUCAUUGUGUCUCUUUCAUUCAUUGUAGAUGUCUCUCCAUCGUAGAUUUUGACAUUCAUUAAAAUCACCAUCGGAACGACGAAAGUUGAAUUUUCUUUUAAAAGUGAUUCUCGUGUCAGCAACAUCGCAGUAAACUAAAGUAUGGCCAAAUUGACGUACGUUUACCGAUCGGAUGAGAUGAAUUGCGUUAAAGUAUCAAAACGGCAGCUGCCUUUGAUUGGAGGAGAAAAUUUGAUGAUGCUGAUGGAUUUAAACUCCAAAGGAUUAGUAUUCGAUCAGCCACUAGUUAGAGGGCAAGAGCUAGAUGAAUUUACUAGGAAAUAUAGAGUCUUAACUCCUGCCGAGUUGCGACUAUCUCUGAACGUACCAACCAUAGAAUUUACGUCAGUUCUCAGCCAAAAUGUGCCUUGCGUUGGAUGUCGCCGAAGCGUUGAAAGGCUAUUCUACCAAUUGAUGCUUUCCGGUCAUCCAACCCUUGAUCCAAUCGUUAUCACAGGAAAAGGUGUUCUAACCAUUAGUGAAGAAAAAAUGAAGUCUCCACAGGCAGUCUGCACUUUGCUUCACAAGCACAAGUUGGUGCUGGACGAGCUGCUAGAUAACCAGUUCCGGAAUAGGAAAAGUUCACGGUGCAAUUUACAUUCGUUGGAUUCGUUUCGAUCCCGUCCAUUUUCGGAGACAUGGAGGGAUGUAUGGAACUGCAUGAAACAGCAAUGCAAAGAUGAGCUGGCCGUGAUUGAAUCAUCCGAACUGCAUGCGACGCUUGAUGCAUAUUUGAAGAAGCAUAAAUUCUGUCAGGAAUGUCGAACAAAGGUUGAAAAGGCAUAUUCUUUGUUAGUAGAUGAAAGUAAUCCUGCAAAAGAAAAGGGAUACGCUGCUCAUUUAUAUUCCGGAAUCAAACGAUGCUUAUCAGACAAGCACAUCCAUUUACAAACUAAACUAGAUUAUAUUGAUAGUCUAAUUAAACGUGCAGAACCGGAACUUAACGGAAGGAACUCAAGGCACCGGGAGCGACAUGCAAAAACGUUGGAAAUUGCUCAAGAAGAAGUACUCACUUGCAUCGGGAUGUGCAUCUACGAAAGACUUCGACGAAUUAGUGUAUGUCUGAGAGAAGAGGAAAAUGCAUGCCAAGUGCUAGCUGCCGUGGCAGUUCAUGCUCUGAGUCGUAGUUUCGAUAUGGCAGUUGAGAAGAAACAAGGAAUCAGCAAUUUAGAGCUCCUGUAUGAAGAAAUCAGUCGCGAAGAACGAUCUAAAGAACACAAGAAGGAGCAGAAGAAGUUGAAGAAGCGAAAGAAGCGCAGCGAAAAGAAGCCCACGGAUGCUUCCAAUAAAAUGGUUGAACGGGAUUCCAAAAUCUACUCGUGUUCACCGGAUGAUAUAGAAGACGAUGAUGAGGAAGACGACAGUCGUGUGAUUCUCUGCGAUGGAACUAUAGUCGAUGCUGGUCUUGAAUCUAUUAUCGGAAUGAAGAAAAAUCAAGCUGGUGUAACGAAAGAGGAUGUAAUAUUGCAAGAAUGUUCGUCGUGCCAAGAAUCCAGCAUCGAUAAGUUUUCAACGACCGAUGCGUGCACAAGAACAUCCUACGACGGUGGCUACUCUUCAGAGCCACUUCACACUGAAUCAUCAAACAUUUCCUCAAACAUAGAUUCAACAACAUCGAGUUUGGUAAGCACUCCGGAAGGCUCUGAGGUAGCAUGUUCCGAUGGGUUAUGUAACCAUGGUGGAAUAAUAAACUCACUAAAUAAAUUUGUGCGAUCGCCGAGCUUUGGUGGCGAUGCAUUACGGUCAAACAGCUUCAUGCAGAGCUCUACGCCAGGGGUGCCAAUGACAUUGCAGGAAAUGCUGGAUAAAUCAUCAACCGAAGACGACGAUGCGGAAAACGAUGUCAUCCCUAAUGAAUGCAUACUGGAGUUUAAAUCUCGCAGUAAUGUAAUCAAAAAGCAAAGAGAAGCCCUUCGCCAACAGCUUUUAAACAAUUUCAAGAAAUUAUGUGUAAAUCACUGCAAGAAGGAGGAGCUGAAAAAUAUGUCUAACUAAGCCGAAUCGUUUCGACGGUUGUAUGACAAAAUGCGGAAUGCCCUUCGGUGGAAUUCCAUUUCGUGGAUUCUCCUUUCGCGAAACGACCUGAUAUGCGAAAAAUCAUAAGGCGGAAUGGAUCAAUUGCGAAAAUAUCCCCAUUUUGUGGAAAUUAUGUUUUCUAUUUCGCUGAUAGGUUACUGAAUGUAAACGCAAAACUCCUGCGUUUUUAGUUACACAACAUAUUUGAAAAUUAUUUCCUAUUUUCGGCAAAUAUUUUAAAUUUGCAUUAAAAGAAGGAAUCCUUCUUCUUCUUCUUGUUGACAUUACAUCCACCACCGGUACAUUGCCGCCUCGCAGCUUAGCACUUCCAAGUUAUUAACUGCGAGGUUUCUGAGCCAAGUUACCAUUUUUGCAUUCGUAUAUUAUGAGAUGAGGCUAGCACGAUGAUACUUUUAUGCCCAGGGAAGUCGAGAAAAUUUCUUAGACCGGCACCGGAAAUCGAACCCAGCCACCUUCAACAUCUUUGUAGCCGUGCAUCUUAUCGCACGGCUAAGGAAGGCCCCACAAGGAAUCCGUAUUUGCCUUCUAUUCCAAAUUGGUUCAUUGCAAAUAGCGUAUUCUUUUGAAAAAAAUCGAAUUUUUCAAUAUUUCUUUACAUUAAAUGGCAGUUGAUGUUGAUCAUUUUUAGGUUUGGAGCUUUUAACAAUUUUUGACAUCAGCCACUCGUAGAGCAUGCUGAAAACUGUAGUAAGACUCCCAAUGGAAAAAUAUAUACAAAGAAAACAUAAAUUCUACAAAAUGGGUAGUACUGGGAGAUAUCAUUCCGCGUCUUAUGUAAUUUCCGCGAAGUACAUCAUUUCACGAAAUGUCGGGGUUUCUGCGAAAUGGAAUUUUGCUAAAUAACCGUAAUUUGGCAUGCAAUCGUUUUAACUUUUAAUGAAAAUGUCUGAUAAUUUGUAUGCUUUUUCCAAUAAAAGAAUUAUUUGAAAGCGGG